AUGUCUGAAGAAACAUAUAAGAAAGUUGGACGAGGAGGCGCGGGGAAUUUUUAUAGUAAACAGGAUGUCGAGAGGAGUAAUGGGACUUCUGACCUCGAAGCGCAAUCCUCCUCCUCAAACUCAAACUCAGCAAAACACAAUAAAACCCCCUCCUUAAUCUCCCAGGCGCUGCGCGCAGUAGGUGGUGGACCUCCACCUGAAUAUCAACACACCGGCCGCGGCGGCGCAGGAAACCUCGCUUCACCUGCUUCUCUCCUAAACUCAGGUCUCACCCAAACAACAACUAAUUACGAAAAUCCCACCAUUAACCCCGCUCCCCCGUCGAGUUCGCCCAGAAAUGUAAAGAGUAGCAUGCAGAGUGUUGUUUAUAAAGGCGGGCGAGGCGGCGCAGGUAAUUACAAUUGGGAAGCAGAUGAAAUAGUUAAGGAAAAUCAACGGAUUUCGGAAGAAAACUCGCGAAGAGAGAUUGAGAAGAAGGUUGUGGGGGAUGUGGAUGGAGAUGGGGAGGGAGGGUUGAGGAAACCAGGGAGGGCUUAUGAUAUUAAUGCGGGGAAGGAGGUGGAGGGGGGAAAGGUAGGAGCUUUGGGUGGGAGGGGAGGGGUUUUGGGUGCGGGGUUGGAGUAA